GUAUUAACACGAAAAAAACAGUUUCUGAUUAAAAUAUAGAUACAAAUCCAGUGGUAAUAAAAUAUACGUAGUGUUUAUAAUAACGCAAUAAGUGUAGUUUGUGUCCAGACAUGAAUAGUUUAUUAAUCAGUCGUGUUUCCACUGCAUUUUGAGAAUACACUUGUGUUUUUGGAUUUCCUGCCGCCAGUUCUUCGCAUGUUUCUGACCCAUGGCGUCCCUUUCGUUGCCCCGAGUCCUUCAGCUAAAGAAGAACAGCUUGGACGCAGAGCGUGAACACUUUGAGAAGUUUCAGCGCCACAUCCCGCACUUUAACUAAUGCAUGACUGCCGAGCACUAAUAUAGUCAUGGCCAACCCGACUGACAAGCGCUUCCAUCAGCUGACGCUAGCAGUCCAAAAGGCGACCAACUCUGUGGAGACCCCCGUGAAAGAGAAACAUGUGCGCAGCGCCAUCAUCGGCACCUUUCAGGAGCAGAGCGCCGUCACCUAUUGGAUGGUGGCGAUCCGUCUCCCGCUCCAAGACAACCGCAUCGUGGCAUGGAAGUUCUGUCACGUGACACACAAGCUGCUCAGGGAGGGGCAUCCGGCAUGCCUUGAUGACUCGCAGAGGCACAUCGGCAUGAUACAGAACCUGGGGAAACUAUGGGUCCACUUACGCGAAGGCUACGGCCGCCUCGUGCACCUGUACUGCUCGCUGCUGGUCUGCAAGCUGAAGUUCCACGCGCGCAACCCUCGGUUCCCCGGCAACAUGCAGCUCACGGCUGACGAGUUGGACGCCAUCGCCGAGAACGACGUCAACAACUAUUUCCAGUUAUGCGUCGAGCUGUUUGACUAUAUGGAUGAUAUAUUAAACCUACAAGCAGCAGUAUUCGACAGUCUCGGCAACGCCCGUGCGAACUCCAUGACCGCAAGCGGGCAAUGCCGGCUGGCGGCGCUCAUCCCGUGCGCGCAGGACUCGUCGCAGAUCUACGACUGCAACGUGCGCCUGCUGUUUCGCCUGCACGCGUCGCUGCCGGCCGACACACUCGCCGGACACCGGGAGAGAUUCCGGCAGCAGUUCAAAAAGCUGAGCUCAUUCUACAAGCACGCGAGCAGUCUGCAGUAUUACCGCAAUCUGCUGACGCUACCCUUACUGCCUUCUAACCCACCUAAUUUCCUUAUUCAGAGCGAUUUCGGAACGUACGUGACUCCGGUGGUCUCGAUCCCGGAUCCGCCGCCGGACGAAGUGGACGCCGUAGGCUCGCUCAUCGACACCUCCGACACCUUCAGUUUGGCUACGACUCCGGACAAUAGUGAUGUGAUCGACACCCGGACCACUCCCUCACCACAGCCCGACCCUGUGGUGGAGCGAGACAGGCUGAUCGAUCAUCUACAGAACGAGCUCAAAAGAAUGCGAUUAGAGAUAUCACAAAUGGUACAAGACCGGAAUACAAUGAUGGCGUCCAUGCGUGAGCACUGCUCAAAACUAGAGGCGCAAAUACACACUACAAAGACUGAAUUGGAAGAAGAAAGGCAAAAGGCUGAAGUUUUAGCAGCGGAAAUCCCAGAAAUCAAACAAAAACUAACACAGACUGAAGAGAAAGCGAAAAUACAAGACGAGAAAUUCCAGAAGUUAAAAGGAGCGUACACACAGCUACGAGAAGAACAUAUCACACUUAUCAGACAGAAAGCAGAAGUAGACAAGACAGCGGCCAGCUUAAGGGCAGCAGCGGCGCAGCACGAGAGCGCCAAGACCGCCUUGCAGCAGCAACUCAACGACAGGAUAAAAGAUGUAGAAUUACUACAACAAAGUGCAUCAUCGAGUGAAGAAAUCGAAGCUUACAAAACGCAAAUAGCUAACCUCCGAACCGAACUAGAGCAGGCCAGAGAAAAGGAAGCAGAACUGGAAACCCUUAAAGCCUCCAUGGAAGCAUUAGACAUAGAGCAUAAAACGACAACCACAGUUCAGCAGGAAAAACUAACAGCGCUAGAGCACGAAUUAAAAGAAGUCAUGGAAAAUUUAGAAAAUGUAAAAAAAGAAAGUGAAGAGAAAGAGAUAGCGUUAGCAAAAGUGAAGGAAGAGUUAGUCGGGCUUAGGGAGAAGAGUGGGGAUGAGUACAAAAAAGUGGUGGAAGAGAGAGAAGCUGCGUUGAAGCAGGUUGCGGAGCUGACUCAACAACACGAGCAGGAGAAACAGGAGCAAGACGAUUUAGUUAGCAAUUUGAAAACAGACCUAGAAAACGCCCAGCAAAAAAUACUAGAUACAGAAUCAAAUUACAAAAGUUACAUCCUAAAGUUAAAUGACGAAAUAGAUGCGAAAAAUAAGGAAUAUGAAAAUGUUAUUAAGAGACGUGACGAAGAAUUAAGAGAAACGCUCGAGAAAUUAGUCAAACUAGACCAAGAUAAAACCGAUGCUGUAGAAGAAUUAAAACAACAACUUGAAAGCGUAAUUACGGAGAAAGAUUCGCAAAUAAAUGAGAUACGUAAAGAGCUUGAGGAAAAACAAAGUAGCAUUGGAGAACAAAAUAGUGAAUGUAAUGCAAUGAAAUAUACAAUUUCUGACCUGGAAACUAAAAUAGAUCAUACAACCAAAGAGUUAGAAGAAGUACAAUUAAAAUUAGAUAAUGUUGUUGUAGACUUACAGAAUGAAAGACAAAUAUAUGACAGUAAAUUGAAAGAAAAACAAACACAGAUUGAUACAUUAAAUGAUGAAUACAAACAACUAGUACAGAGUACGGAAGAAAUUAUAACAGGUUUAAAAUCUCAGAUAGCUGAAAAAGAUGAACAAGUAAUAUCACUUGACAUUGAAGUGAACAAUCUUAAAGAUAACGUUUCCAAGCUUGAAGAAGAAUUGAAUGAGACCCAAGCUGAACUAGAAAUUGGUAAAAAUGAGUUACUACAUAUAAGAGAGGAGCACGACGCUUUUGUAGAACGGAACGAAAAUAACUUAACUUUAAAAAAUGAGGAGUUAAGGAGCCUUCACGAUGAAAUUAACAAACUUAAGAAAGAAAAUGAAGAAUUAACGACAGAAAAACAAAACCAAAGAAAUAAUUUCGAGUUAGAGAAACAGGAAUUCCUAAAUAAAAUCGAAGAAUUAGACCAGGAGCACUCUAAACUACGUAAUGAUUAUGAAACGAUGCAAAACGAAAAGGAUGCAAUAAUUGGUAAGCUUAAUGAUGAGAUAGUCAAUCUAAAACUUCAAUGUAGCCACAUACAGAAUAGUAAGGAAAACGAAAUAAAAUGUCUACACGAAAGACUUCAAGAACACGAAACUGAUUUCGCAUCACAGAUUUCUGAGAAAGAUAACACAAUUCUAGAAGCGAACAGAAAUGUUGAAGAAUUGAAGGCUCAGUUAGAGGAAAUGCAGACGCUUAGAGCAAAAGAGAAGGAAGAUGCGGAUCUUUUGUUGUCUGAGAAAGAAGGCAAUGUUAAGUUGUUGGAAGUGAGGCUCGGCCACACGGAACGGGAGAGACUGAGCGCGGAGUGUGAGUUGCAGGAUCUGCUGCAACACAACACUGUGUUGGAGGCGGACUUGACCGCCGCGAGGAUACAGCUGCAGGAGGCGCGAGCGGAGCUUGAAAAACAACGACUAAAGCUAGUGACGACAGCAAGCGCCGCGGCGUUGGAGGUUACCAGUGGAGCGCUCGAACGAGUGACGGCACAUGAUUCAAACCGCGCCGCCGCUGAACUCGCCGCUGAGGCUCUGAAGGAACUGGCCAGCACCACAGAGAUCAAAGGUCACGAGGAAACUCUGGCGCGCUCGGCUAUCUUCGCCGCGCAUAAUGCAGCGCAGCUUUCAGCAUAUGUAACAGAAGUGUCCAAUCUCUCUACCGACAUCGAGCUUACAGACAAACUAAACACCGAAUGCCGCCUAAUGCUAUCAGCAACGGCGGACUGCCUUACGCAUCUAUCCCGCGGCGAGUUGGAAGCGCCAUACAGUGAUGCACGUAGCCGCAUCAGCACUGUCGCCGCUGCUGCCGCCGCGGCCGACCGUACUAAUACUGGAGCUCGCAGUGUGGACGAUGAGCUAGCCGACAUGGACAAGGCCAUCGAACUGGCUGCGGGACAGAUCGAGGAGAUGUUAGCGGCAAGUCGCGCAGGCGACUCGGGCGUGAAGCUCGAAGUGAACGGCAAAAUCCUCGACGCGUGCACCACCCUCAUGGCCGCGGUCAAGGCUCUAGUCCAGGACGCCAGGAAACUGCAGGCCGAGCUCGGAGACCCUGGGACCAGGCUGAAGAUGUACCGGCGCAAUCCUCAGUGGUCGGAGGGGCUCAUAUCCGCCGCUAAGGCCGUUGUCUUCGCUGCUAAACUGCUUGUAACGUCAGCGGACGAGGCGGUGAACGCCGAAGGCCGCGUGGAAGGCGUGUCCGCGGCGGCGCACGAGGUGGCGGCCAGCACGGCGCAGCUAGUGGCCGCGUCGCGUGCGCGCGCCGCGCCCGGCUCCUCCGCGCUGCAGCGGCUCACGCAGGCCUCCAGGGCUGUGGCGGCUGCUACCGGGGCCGUGGUCGCUGCGGCGAGGGACACGUCUAGAAGACUCAACGAUCAAGAGGCUCUCGACACGUCAGCGUUAACUCUAACCGCAACGCGGAUCCUCGAGAUGGAAAGUAAAGUCCGCUCGCUGGAGCUAGAAAGCGCUCUGGAGGCAGAGCGGGCGAAGCUGUCCGCGCUCCGUACGAGGCAUUACCAGCUCGCUCAGAUGCAGGAGGCAAGUAUAUGGAACGAAUGA